UCCCAGGACAACCAAAACACAUCCUAUCAAAAAUGAAAUCGUUUAUCGUCUUCGCCCUCAUCGUGGCCGCGGCCGUCGCUGCCCCACCCGGUAAUCCUGAUGCGGACGCUCAAGUCCUCCGCUACGAGAGCGACAACAUCGGUGUUGAUGGAUACAAAUUCGCUGUUGAGACAAGCAACGGAAUCAAGCAGGAAGAGCAAGGUCAGCUGAACAACCCUGGCACUGACAACGAGGCUAUCUCUGUCCGUGGACAGUACUCCUACACCGGUCCUGACGGCCAGGUCUACACCGUAGUCUACAUCGCUGACGAGAAUGGCUUCCAGCCCCAGGGCGCUCACCUCCCCCAGGCCCCUUAAGCUAACAUUGUUCACGCAAAAUUCUAGUCCAAAAAAUACUCAUACUCCACCAUCUUUACUAGCCUUGUUAUGAACGUCACUGUUCAAGCGAUUCUGUGAUACCAAUCCCGAAUU